AUGGGCGCACCGAUACUGGCUUCGGCCGCUCACGCCGUUCCGGCACUCGAAACCGGCGGCCACGCCAUGGAUGCUUCCAUCACCUCCAGAGAGACCAAGGGCGGCCGUCGGCUAUGGUACCGCAUGAGGGUCAUCCAGCAACCGGAGCGUGCGAGAGCCUGUGGUUCUGGUCCGAAGUCAUCGGCCGACCGUCGCCCUGUGGACCCGCCUCCCGUUGUGGAGCUGCGUAUCUACGAAGGGCAGACAUGGGACCAGGCGCAGGAGAAGGACAUCACUUUUGUCUACAAUGCCAACUUCUUCCUCUUCGCUACGCUCGAGCAUGCUCGCAUCAUGGCCCACGCUCGCGGGUCGGCAUCUUCUGCUAACACGCCGCCUGUGCUUACUGGCAUGCCCGUUUCCGGCAUGGCGUAUCUGGACCGGCCGGAAGAGGCUGGCUAUUUCCUCUUCCCAGAUCUCUCGGUAAGGCACGAGGGCCGGUACAAGCUGACCUUCAACCUGUACGAGGAGACCAAGGAGGACAAGGACAAGGAUAAGGAGCGCGAUGUCGAAAGCCAGCCGCCUCUCACCGGCCUCAGCCCCGCCACGGGAGGAUCGUUCGAUUUCCGCAUGGAGGUCAAGUCGCAGGACUUCAUCGUUUACAGCGCCAAGAAGUUCCCGGGUCUGGCCGAGAGUACCGCCCUCAGCCGUGUGGUGGCCGAGCAGGGAUGUCGCGUCCGUAUCCGCCGUGACGUGAGGAUGAGACGCCGCGAUGGAAAGGGUGCUGGGGACUACGACAACGGUGAGGAGGAGUACAACCGCAGGAGGAGAACGGCGACGCCGGAUAACCGCAACAACGACUUUGCGGCCCGGGCGCGCUCGAUGAGCGGUAGCACGGAGCGUACACCGUAUUCAGCUGACCCGCAACGCCGGCCGUCCAUGGCGGAUUAUCCGUCGCAGUAUGCGCAGAACCCGCCGGCCGGUGGCCAUCUGCAGUUCCUCGGUGGGAACGCUAGCUCGCAGUACCCUGCUGCUCCACCACAGCCGUUUGCGCAGCCUCCGUCGGUCCCCGCGUCACCCGUGUACCCGCCCACCCAGGCCGCUCCCUACCAGAUGCAGACCUCAUAUCCGCCUCCGCCCCCGCCCCCUGCGCCGAAGAGAGAGCGGACGCCUUCCCAGUCGGGGUACGCCCCGAUCAACCCGGCUCCUCGCCGCGAGAGCAUCCACCACGACUACCGUCCGUCUGGCCCCAUCCAACUCCCGCCGCUGCCUCCUCCGCCUUAUUACCCGCCGACGCCGCAACAGUCGCACAUGCCACCCCCGCAGCCGCCGCAGGUCCUCCCGCCUCUCCAGAUCGACAGCAACAGCAAGAGCAACAACCGCCUCCCGAUGCCGAGCCCAACGGCCCUGGCCAACAGCGCCCCGCGCCCCCUCGCCUCGCUCGCGCCGCUCGCGCCGCUUAUGCAGAGCACCAGCAGCAGUGCCGGAAAGGGCCCGGUUCACCCGGCGACUCUGCCGCCGCCGGCCGUGUACGCCGGCGCCAAGCGGGCGCACGACGAGUCGUUCUGGUCCGAGCCGGAGCACGGGCGAUACCAAAACGGCACGCGGGACAAGGGGAGGUCGGAAGACAUUAUCACGGACCCUACGUCCAUGCCGUUCAGACGUGCCGACGGAACCGAGGCGGAUGGCAUCAGGCUGCGGUACUAA